AUGGACGUGGGGAAGGAUGAGCUCGUAAGGAGGACACUAGGGGCCACGGUAGGGCCGACUGGAGGGCUUCUAGAAAGGCUACUCAAGCUUGGCAUGCUGGCGGUGCAGGAGAAGGCUGGUACAUGGGAGACAUGUAACAGCAUAUCCUUCGACCUAUCAUAUAUCUCUAAGGAACCGAGGACAGCUUUGCGUAAUGUGCAUCUUUUCUAUUUUCAAUCUGCAUCACCUUUUCGUUACGGCUCUCCAUUGACUCCGGCUCGAGAAUACGUUGGCCCAACCUGGGUGCACUUUGACGACUUUGCGAAAGUGAUCUUUGAAAUCUUGCUUGCCUGUCAUAAAGGGUGUGCCACUCGUCAAACCUAUACCACGAGCGACAAUCCCUAUCUCAAUCCUUCUUGCUGGAGGCAAUGGAGCGCUUGGAAUGGCAAUAACUGCGCCUCGCUGCACUGCCACAACAGUACAGCGAGGCCUUCAGUUGUCCACCUCUCAAGCUACAAGGAAAAUUCGCCUUCGGUUGCUGCAGGUCAGCCUGACAGUGCACGUAUGCAAAAUCGACGGAAUUCUUGGCGCUCUGUGAGAUUUUUCUUCUCCUUUUCUCAUAUCUGA